AUGACGUCUCUAAUCGGGCUCGCCCUCAUCUCCGCUUGGAUCACCGGGGCUGCCUUCGCCGAACUGCCGCCUGGUGUAAGGCCGUGUCCACGAACGAACGACUUGAUACAAUACAACGUGUGCGUGCUCCAACAAUUGAACGCCAUAACCCCUUACCUGGCCAACGGUAUCCCCUCCUUGAAGCUGCCCGCCCUGGACCCGCUUUUCCUACCCUCGUUGACGGUGGACAGAAACCUGGAGACGUUGAAGAUCAAGGCGAACAUGAGCCAGAUCCGCGUUUAUGGCGCAACGAAUUUCGCGAUCGACGAUUUGAAGGCGAACCCGAACGAUCUGUCGGUGAACAUCAAGGUUCGACUGCCGCACGUGCACAUGAACGGCAACUACGACGUUCAGGGAAGGCUGCUACUGCUUCCGUUGAACGGGGCUGGUAACUUCAGAGGGAAUUUCACUGACACGAAGGUGGACGUGCAGGCACAGGGCAAGGAAGUGACGGACGCGAAGGGGGUGCAAAAGAUCGAGAUCGACAAGUUGGUGACGAAAAUUCGGGUUGAAAGUGGAAACAUCGAAUUGAAAGCACCUCCCAAUCAUAGUGCAGCGGCCGAGGCCGCAGCGACAUUCUUCAACUCGAAUCCACGAUUAGUCCUGGACAUAGCCAGUCCUAUUAUCGAGGACACAGCGGCGACCGUGAGCAGAGCAUUGGUCGCGAGAGCGUUGAGCGUUCUCACGAAACAAGAAUUGCUUCCCUAGUCCGUUAGAUUAAGAUGCAAGAAGUUUAAUUAUGAGUUCGACACGUUUCGUUAAGAAGAGAUAAUAAAUUAGUGUAAUAAUAUCGUGAUAUUUCGCACAGAUGAAAUAUAUUGUAUAUAAUUGAAUAGUGGAUUAAAAAUGAUAAAUGAUUGAGAGGAAUGAGAAAUUUUUCGUGUUAAAAAUAUUAAAGAAUAAUUAAAAGUUUGAAACUUCGUGUUGUAUACAAUU